AUGUUGAAGUUGUACUCAGGGGCCUUCAGGGCCAGAGCAGGCCAAUUAAAGCUGGCAAGUCAAUUGGCCAACAAGGCUCGUUUAUACUCGUCUUCUAAUGACGAGAUCAAGACCCUGGCGGUCAUUGGAGCUGGUCAGAUGGGUGUGGGCAUUGCGUAUGUUGCGGCAGCAAAUGCUGGAGUCAAUGUUCAAUUGGUUGAUAAUUCCGAGAAAUCACUUUCUAGAGGAACUGCUUUCGUUGAGAAGCUUUUGAAUAAGAAUCUUUCCAAGGGAAAGUUAUCAGAAGAUCAGGCAUCUGCCAUUAGAUCGCGGAUCACUCCUGUACAAGAUUUAGUCACCGGAAUCAAGUCGGUUGAUAUUGUCAUUGAAGCGGUGCCGGAAAUCCCACAAUUAAAGUUCGAUAUUUUCAGCACUUUAGCUAAAGAGGCUCAAGAGCAUACUAUUCUCGCUACCAAUACCUCGUCCAUUGGUAUCACGAAAAUUGCUGCUGCAGCAGUAGGAGCCGAGUCGCGAGUUAUCGGAGCUCAUUUCAUGAACCCUGUUCCUGUUCAACCCGGUGUCGAGAUUAUCUCGGGUUUACAAACAUCUCCCGACACAAUUGCUAAGACACUCACAUUUAUCGAACGUCUAAAGAAAGUUCCCUCAAUCUCGAACGACAGUCCCGGCUUCCUUGCCAACCGUAUCCUGAUGCCCUAUAUCAACGAGGCCAUCAUCGCCCUCGAAACCGGUGUUGGCAAGAAGGAAGACAUCGACAGCAUUAUGAAAAACGGAUGUGCCAUGCCCAUGGGACCCUUACAACUUGCUGAUUUCAUUGGUCUCGACACAUGUCUUGCCAUCAUGAACGUCCUAUACCGCGACACCGGCGACUCCAAGUACCGGCCAUCAGUCCUUCUCGGCAAGCUCGUCGACGCCGGCUGGCUGGGCGUCAAAACCGGCAAGGGCUUCUACGACUACCCCCAAAAAUAG